AGUGAAACACAGAUAGCCUUUGAAGCGUGCGUGACUUAGGACACCUCGGAGAUAAACAUAACCCCAUACGGCAAGUGCUCCUUCCUACGCCCGUGAGAUUAUAUAGUACGGUAGUGACCCGUCCUAUUGCUGCCUUCAAUCGAAGCACCAGCAAAAGCGCUGUAAAGAGGUACUAGAAAAUAUCAGCCACGAUGAAGCUCAUCAUUGUCGGUGCAACGGGCUUUGUAGGCACCGAAAUCCUCCGCCAAAGCCUCCUUCGCAAGGACAUCAGCUCCGUCGUUGCUAUCACACGACGCGCCCUCACAUCUCCCCCUUCAUCCCCCAAGCUGCAAAACGUCGUGGUGAAUGACUAUGAUCAGUAUAGCGACGAAGCUAAGACUGCGUUCAAGGACGCAAAUGGUUGCAUUUGGACCAUAGCCAUCACACCCUCCAAAUCGUCAAACUACUUCUGGGAGGAAGUCGUGCGAGUCUGCCAAACCUCCACGAUGGUCGGCCUCCGCACCAUGCAUGAAGCCGGCAUGGGCAAGCCCUUCCGCUUCAUCUACAUGAGCGGCAUCGCCGGGGAGCGCGACCAGACCAAGACCCCGAGCUUCAAGCCCAAGUACAGCUUGAUGAGGGGCGCGACAGAGAGCCAAGUCCUCGCUUUUUCCAAGGAGAAGGGGUUUGAAGCUAUGGCUGCGAAGCCGGGGUUGAUUACUGACGGGGGAAUUGCAAAGAGAGCAUUUGCGUCGGUGCUGUAUUAUACGAUGAGUGUGCCGAGCAUCAAGGUGGAGCAGUGUGCGGCGGCGAUGUUGGAGCAGGUUGUGUGUGGGAUUGAGAAGGAGCCGUUGCUUAAUGAUGAUCUGGUGGAGGUUUCCAUGAGGAUGGAGAAGGAGGGAAAGAUGGUUUGAGGUGGAGGAUCGUGGGAAGGUGUCAGGCAUCUGUUGAUCCCAGACGCAGAUCAUGAAUGCGGGAGUAGCA